AUGUUCUAUGGGCAUUUUAUACGUAAAUAUUAUCAAUGGGCUGCUGUACAAAAACGAUGAGUUUAAGAACACUAGAAACUUUGGUUCUUUUGCGUUGAACCAUACGUCGGAGAGUAGAAAAUGGCCAAGUCUACAGAGAAAAAGGGAAAGAGUGCUAUCAACGAAGUUGUGACUCGUGAAUACACAGUGAAUCUUCACAAACGCCUUCAUGGAGUUGGAUUUAAAAAACGUGCUCCACGAGCAAUAAAAGAAAUUCGUAAGUUUGCUGAGAAACAAAUGGGCACUCCAGAUGUGAGGAUUGAUACCAGACUCAAUAAACAACUUUGGUCCAAAGGAAUUAGAAAUGUACCAUUCAGAGUUCGUGUACGAUUGAGCAGAAGAAGAAACGACGACGAAGAUUCUGCAAACAAAUUGUAUACCCUUGUUACGUACAUACCAGUUGCUACUUUUAAAGGUCUCCAAACAGAGAAUGUUGAUGCAAGUCAAGAUUGAAUUAUUUCUAAAUAAUAAAUAGUUUUCAUCAA